CCUAGGACCAGUCGACCCUACAUCGCGACUGCAAAGGCUGAGAACCUCGCCGACGACGCCGCCGCCGCGACAUCGCUGAUCGGCAACGAAGUCGCUCGUCUCGACAACGUCUUCGCCUCCAUACAACGCGUUUCGCUGCCUCACACCCGUCGACAGCCCACCCAAAGCAUCUGAUUCAAGAUGGGACGCAGAAAGAUUGAGAUCAAGGCCAUCAAGGAUGACAGGAACCGCUCUGUCACCUUUCUGAAGAGAAAAGGCGGUUUGUUCAAGAAGGCGCAUGAGCUUUCCGUGCUCUGCUCCGUGGACGUCGCUGUCUUUAUAUUCGGCAGCAACAAGAAGUUGUAUGAGUAUUCUUCCACGGAUAUGCGGGAGAUGAUCACCAGAUACACAUACCAUGGCGGCCCGAAUGAGCACAAGGGCCCUUCAGACUUCAACGGAGGCAACGACGAGGACGAAGAUGAGGAUCCUGAAGGCACGCCGCCCCAAGAGUCUCACAUGAUUCCGCCUCAAUUUCAAGGACAAGCGCCUUUCCCUCAUAUGCGACACCACACUCCCUCAGCUUCACCUCCGAUUCCUAAUGGCGUGCCUUUCCCGCAACACCAUGGCCUUCCCGUGCAGCGCGGCCACACCCCGCAGCCUGGCAUGGGAUCACGGCCUGGUUCUCGACAGGACAUCCGCCGGAUGGGACCGAACAUGGGCCCUCAACCCGUCGGUCCUCCCGGAUCUCAGCAGCCUCCCGUCAAUGGAUUUGCCUACAUGCCCAACCCCGCCAUCUACAAUCCCCAGAGCCAGCCCACUAUGCCGCCAAACAUGCCUCACGGACUCCCCCAGCAGUACCAGCAACAUGGACCUCAAUACCCCUCGUACGCGCCCAACCAUCAUCCCCCGCACAUGCAACAGCAUAUGGAGGACCAGCGCCGUUCCAUGCCGCCAAACUAUCCGCAACAGCAGGGUCCGCAAGGACCUGGGCCUCAAGUUUCUCGGAUCUCGCCGUCUCCGCCACAGCCUCCCACUCAGCAAUUGCCGCCGCAACCACCUCACGUCUCACCCCCGCCGCCACAGCCACAGCAACUUGAGCCUCAACAGCACCAGCAGCAGCAGCAGCAGCAUCCGCAUUCGUCGCCCCAGCCUCAGCAACACCAACAGCCGCAACCACCUCAGUCUCAACACCAACAGCAGCCGCAACAACCUCAGCCUUCGCCGCCGCAGUCUGAAGAGAUGCCUGCGCCGAUGGAGCCACGAUCUGAGCUGCCUCAAAGACCUCAGCCGCCUCUGCUCAACACUGACAGCGCGAUCAAGAAGCUUCCGCAGCGCAAGCAGCACAGCAUCUUCACUCCCAUUGACGAGAACCGCUCCAUCCUGUCUCAGCACUUGGCUUCAUUCGCCUCUGAGCAGAGCAUAAAGGCAGAACCUAACCGGCCCCCGUUCCCUGAUCAUCAGAGCAACAUCAAGGUUGAAGGUAACCGCUCUCAGUCAGUUGAUGUUGGCGCAGUAUCUCGGACCAAUGGUUCCACGACUUCUCCGCCCAUGCCUCCGCGCGCCAGCACUCAAUCUCUAAACAAAAGCCGCAACAUCUCCGUAUCGUCAAUCCCAGAGACAAUGUUUACUCCGCCAUCUCGCACUAAUAGUAUAAAGCUUGGUGGUGGUGCGCGUCCCCGUUUGAGGGUGGAGAUUCCCGACGAACCUUCGGAUGGCGGUAGCGCAACUGCCGAGUCAAACUCUCCUCGUAACUCGACAGAUACCACAACCCAGACGACUCGGCGCCAUGCAUCCGACUCGCACUCUUCCGGCAUGGUUCUGCCGCCGCCAUCCCCGUCAGCUCAAACGCUCCUCUCAGCUGGCGCCACGGGCCCGCCAAACCCGUUUGCUCGCCCACCCCCGCAACAAAACAACAAUAUGAACAUUGACACACCCGUUUCCGCCCUUCCGUCCCGAUUCUUAAAUAACGAAUUUCUGCCCAGCCCGAGCAGCUUUUAUCCGGAAUGGUAUGCUCGUGGCGGCAGCGAUAGUAACACACUGCCCAGUCCGUUGAACUUUGCGACUCCAGUCGUUGGUUCCGGUCCUAGCUUCUUGCGAGACGAUAAUCAGACCUCGAAGCGCAAGAGUCCUGAGAUCAGCGCCAACGGUCCGCACGACGGUCCUGAGUCAGGAAACGAACCCAAGAGGAUCCGGGUAGAUUCUUGAUUUCAAGUUUCUCUUCUUUUUUCGACGCCUUAUCUGUACCAUUCAUCUGCAUUCUGGCCUCCUUCAGACCAUGUAUGGAGUGCACUUGGUUCUAUGAUACCUCUUUCUUUUCACUUCACGGCAUUAGCGUCACGUAAGAUGUUUAGUUC